AGGCCAGCGCCUCCCUGCUUUUGGACAGCAGCUGUUGCUGCGAAGAUGGCGAGGCGCCGCGUCUUGCUGCUGCUCGCAUACUUGGGCUCGCUUGGCUACCAUAAGGCUUAUGGAAUUGAUGUCUACACUGAAAAAGAGCAUGUUACAGCAAGAGAAUUUGAGGAAGCCAUUUUAAGCUGUAUAUACAAAGUAAAGAAGGAAACCAGUAUAAGGGUAGAAUGGAAGAAAGUUAGGUCAUCUGGAGUGUCAUUUGUCUACUACAACCGUACCUUUGUAGGUAAUUUUACUGGUCGAGCUGAAAUGUGGAAUUCAAACAUUCGACUUAGAAAUGUUACUAGACAAGAUGCUGGGAAGUACCGUUGUGAAAUCAGUGCAGCUACAGAACAAGGACAAGAUGCAGCAGAGACUGAAGUCUCUCUUUCAGUGCUGGUUCCUCCAGCCCUUCCUGUUUGUGUAGUGCCCAGCUCAGCUAUGAGCGGAACAGUCACUGAACUACGAUGUAAGGAAAAUGAGGGCUUUCCUGCUUCUAAAUACAGAUGGUAUAGGAAUGGCAUUGCUCUGUUGGAGAGUACAGAGUCAAGGAGAGGUAAAAAAUGGAGAGCUUCUUAUACCAUGAAUACCACGACUGGGACCCUGCUUUUCAAUCCUGUUUCAAAUAAUGACACUGGAGAAUAUUACUGUGAAGCGGCAAACGGAAUUGGACCACCUAAGAAGUGCCUUGUGAAGCGAAUGCAAGUCGAUGACCUUAAUGUUGGUGGUAUUAUAGCUGCUGUGGUAAUUGUGUCUUUGAUAAUAGCUUCCUGUGGUCUUGGAGUAUAUUAUGCACAAACUAAAGGUUAUUUCUCAAAAAGAAAUUCUUCAGAGAAGAAGAAUUCUAAGCCCAGCAUAUUGCAAAAUAAAAGUGAUUUCAAGCACACCAAAUCAUUUAUUAUUUAAAAAAUUUAACCUCCAUGAGGAUCACCAGAUGUUGCUCAAAGGGAUUCUUCAACUCUGUUCUUUAGCUAUUACAGUGUUAUACACAGAAUGCCAAUGACAAAGCCAGUGAAUUGAUGUUACAAGUUGAGGACAUUUGUUAAAGCUGUUAAUUUUCUGAUAGUAUUUUCUCUAACGAAAUAGUAAAAAGCACCUACUAACAGAUAGACAUCCUUGCUGUCAAAUAUCCAAAUGAAGGCACUGAAGUGCUAAAGCAGGUGGUGACCUCUGUAGAUGAAUUAAUUGGGGGAUUCUAAGUGUUUUCUAGCAACUUGAACCAGAAGGGUGAUGGUUAAUAUAUUUUUCUACUGCCAAUUGUGUUCUUCAAGUGCCUUGAUUUUCAGACCAUAUAUCCAGAUAUAAUGAACUUGUUCAAGUAUAAACUUGUUAAAAUGUAAUAUCAUUACCAUUAUUGUUAAAAACCCUCUUCCUACAAGCCUAUUUAUGAAUUUGAGUUGUAUAUUUCAUGACUAUCAGUGCCUUUUUAAAAAACUGAGUAUAAUAUAAAUUACUUAUGCUUUGAUUGCACUGUUGAUACUUCUUUGCAUUAAAAACUUGUUUCAUUCAACUGCGUCUGUUAAAGGAGCACUUAAAAUUGAAAUAUAAAUAUUAGAAAGGAUUUUGAAAGCACACUAGCAGUUUCUGACAUCUUUGUAUUUAUGGACACAGAUCCAGAAACCGGUUUAAUCUCAUAAAAUGGUUUUCCUUAGCUCUGUAGUAUUUUUACUUUUUGAAAUAAAAUUUAACUUUUCAAAAAGCAGCUUGCCUUGUAGCAUAUAUAGGAUAGUGCUCAAUGUAGCUAUACAGCCUACUGUACAAGUAAUUUAAAAUCUAUUUAAAAUAGCCAGUCAUUAACUUUGAUCUCACUGGGUUUUAGUCAGUGCUAUUUUGGAGUUGAGAUGUUUACACAAGCAUAGACAUUGUUUCUUCAUUUGUGAUUUUUCUGCAAAUCAGGGUAUCUGCCAGAUUUAGACAAACAUUCCUUCACGGCCCUUUGUGCAGGUAAUUCGAUCCACAUUCUGUAGCCUUAUGAA